CAGUCAAACGACCCGGAUGUAGAAUUCUUUAUUUCCCAUAAUCCCCUCUGUUUUCGCCCUCUUUUCCUUUUGCAGCCAUGUCGAAGAGAGGACGUGGGGGUUCGUCCGGUGCGAAGUUCCGAAUCUCGUUGGGUCUUCCAGUUGGAGCAGUUAUUAAUUGUGCCGACAACACUGGUGCCAAGAACCUUUACAUCAUCUCUGUGAAGGGCAUCAAAGGGCGUCUUAACCGUCUGCCUGCUGCUGGAGUGGGUGACAUGGUGAUGGCGACAGUCAAGAAGGGCAAGCCUGAGCUCAGGAAGAAGGUGCACCCUGCAGUCGUAAUCAGGCAGCGGAAGUCCUAUCGGCGAAAAGAUGGAGUCUUUCUCUACUUUGAGGACAAUGCAGGUGUCAUCGUGAAUAAUAAAGGAGAAAUGAAAGGUUCUGCCAUCACUGGUCCAGUAGCCAAGGAGUGUGCUGAUCUUUGGCCCAGGAUUGCCUCCAAUGCUGGCAGCAUUGCCUGAAACUACUUCAACCCUUCAGUUUCAAUAAAAAAAAAAAAAGAAAGAAAGAGAAAAAAAAUGACUGUAGCAAUGUGAAAGGUUCCCCCCAAUCACUUACUCCUCAAGAGUGAUUGGCUCUCUCAAACGCUAGCAUAUACACGAGUAGUGUGACGGUUACCUCCAAACCUCUCGGCUCAUUCGCACCUCACUGGUGACGUACAUAGAAACCUGUGACUCCAAAUUUAUUCAGCUAGCAUUAGUACAACCAUCCAUUUUCUGUACCGCUUAUCAGAAUCCUCUUGAUUUGAUAAUCUCGACGUUUUCAGAUGCACUUGGCAUUAUAACGUACCCGUAACUUAGGGAUGUUAGGCUCGAGCCUGUCUGCUCGAAUCUGAUUUGACCAAACAAAGCAGAGUGGCGGCGAAGCAGUGUUUCAACACUUUGUUCAAACAUGAUCACUGAGACUUAACUUGCCAAAUAGUUUUUUUGAGAGCUUUAAAGCGUUGUUGAUACAGUACAUGUUCAAACAUGAUUACUGACAUCUCACUCGCCAAAUGGCUUUUUUGAGAGAUUUAUGAGUGGUUUGCAUCUUGUGGUACGGUGUUUUAAUUUCUUCUCUCAGUCUUCAAACAGUGGAUUGUGAUACCUUCAACCCUGCUCUGCGGAGGUUGGCAAUGAUGUCACAGGCUGUUGGUUUUGGGUGUUUCUUCACAGCUCUCACAAUGUUUCUGUCAACUGAUCUUAAUACCCUUUGCUGAUCUGUUCGAUGUCUGUUGCUCAGUACACUCCAAAUUGUUGUACUGGCUAUGCCCGAUGUUUGAUUUUCCCCGCUUCACUCAGCUUCAAAAUGGUUUCCUUUUCUCCCAUAGAUAGCUCUCUGGUCUUUGUUGCUUAACAGAACAUGCAGUUUUCAAAGGUGAAAUUCUGAACGUUUGUUUCAUAUUUAUCUUUUGAACUGAAACACAAAUGUUUUCAGUAUAUACAACAAAAACAAAGGAAUAGACCUUUCUGUUCCAAUACUUCUGGAAGAGACUUAUAUGGUGGGACUGGCACCGUUACUUGAAGUUUUGAAACAUAAGGUUGCUUGUUGGCUCUAUAGCUUACAUUAAGCAAAAACAUAUAUUUGAUGUUGCAACAAUUGCGUGCCAGAUCUUAUAAUAAAACAGUUCAUCACA